AUGCAUUUAUUAAAUGGAUUACUUAUUUCUGGCAUAGCAAUAAUUGAAAGUUUGUAUUUAAAUCAAGAAAUUGGUGGACAUAAAGGAGGAGGAGAUACUCCUCAUCCGUCUCCAGAGCCUGGGGCUCUUUCACUAAAUUAUUUACCGCGAUUAAUUGUUGUGACGGUUUGUUGUUGGGUUAUUGUGGCAAGUUAUAUUGGCCAAUUUAUUUAUGUAUUACUUCAAUAA